ACAGAUUCAAACCUCCACCUUCUCUCUCCGUCUCUCUCUCUCUCUCUCUCUCUCUUCUCACUCACACACACACAACAAUGGCGUCGCUCACUCCAGGAAUCCUCCUGAAGCUUCUCCAGUCAAUGAACUCCUCUACCAAAGUCACCGGCGACCACCGCUCCGCCCUCCUCCAAGUCAUCGGCAUAGUCCCUGCUCUCGCCGGCUCCGACCUCUGGCCCAACCAGGGCUUCUACGUCCAGCUAUCCGACUCCCUCAACUCCACUUAUGUCUCCCUUUCUGAUCGUGACACCGACCUCAUCCUCACCAACCGCCUCCAGCUGGGCCAGUUCGCCUACGUCGACCGCUUCGAUUUCGACUCCCCAGUCCCCCGCGUCGUCGGAAUCCGUCCCAUCGCCGGUCGACAUCCCUUCCUCGGCACCCCGGAGCCCCUUGUCGCCCGUAUCUCGGCCUCGAAACGAGAGUUUGUGAUCCAGCCUGUGUCGGAUUCCGACCAGUCCACCGAUUUCAUGGCGAUUUACCUGUCCAAUAAGAAGCAGGAGCAGGUUGUGAGGAAUGACAACAAAGAAGCCAAGGUUGAGAAGGCACGACCAUCAAGGCAGCCUCUUGCUCCUCGAGACAAUGUCAAUUCGGGUGGGAAUGUGAAUUCGAAUUCAAGUACAGAUGAGGCUAAGAAGAUCCCCGAUCGGCCGGCUUCCAGGUUUUCAUCUCCGGCCGGUGCAAAGAGGCCCGUGUCAGUCGGAAAGAAGAACCCGGCGUCGGCUGAGAGAGAUCCAUCCCCCGCAGGAAAAGGAAAGAGAUCGGGAUCUCCAGCCCCGUCGAAAUGCGUUGUUCCGAGCUUAAUUGUGGCGAAGGAAGAGAACCGGAAGGUGUCGAAAGAGGCGGCGAUUAUAGUGCCGUCGAGGUACCGACAGCCAUCCCCAAUUGGGCAGCGGAGGCAGCCUUCACCAAAUUCCCGGAGGGCUUCGCUUUCUCCCGGGAGGCGGUUGUCUGGAGGAGUGAAGGACUCUGCUGCCAAGAAGAAGACGAUAAGUAUCGUUGCAGGGAUUUCGAAGGUUUCAGAAGCCCUCAUUGGGUCUGGAAAGAGUAAUCGGAAGGGCUGGGAUGAGUCGCCGAUGGUGGAGGAGAAAGAGAAGCCUUCGGCCAAGAUCAAACCAGAUUUGCAAGCAUUUAUAAGGACUCAGGCUGCUCUUGCGCGACGAUUAAGCGAUGCGAAAGGUGGAAGUCCGAAUGGCGGUGAUGAUUCUUCCGGCAAUGAGAAAACAAAAUCUGGGUCACCGGCAGAUUUUGUGGUCCAAGAGAAACCCAGCUGCGCAGCAGCUCCGAGCAUCACCGUCCAUGAAAAAAAAUGGACUGAUGGAAGUGUCUCACUUGAUGCAGUCUCUUCAGACCUCGCAAGGCUUGGAAAGGAAGCUUUGCAGAGGAAAGUUCUUGCUUCUGCAGCUGCAGCUGAAGCACUCGAGGAGGCCAUUGCCACUGAGUCUCUUGUGAGGAAAUUAAGCAUGUUUGCGGAACUCUCUUCCACAUCCAAGGUCGGGAACCCUCUACCCGCCAUUGACCGCUUCUUUUCGAUCUAUGAUGAAGUUGUUAAAUCAACCACACUUGUUGAAUCAAUUGCUGGUAAUCGCAAUUCGGAUACAUCUAACAAUGCUCAAAUUCCCACUGAGCAAUCGAAACCCGUUUCACUUUGGGUUGAAGCUGCUUUAGCUACUGAUCUCGGCAUUGUCUCUCUCCUUACCACCCAAGACAAUGAAACUCCAUCAGCUCUGCAGAAAAGUCUGUCAAAACGACAAUCCCUCAACACACCUCCCAAAUCCCAUCUCAAGAUUUCCCCUUCCUCUUCACCGCAGUCCAAUGCUCGCGUUGGGACGUGGACAAAGGGUCACGGAAUGAAAGACACAGUCGAGCUUGCCACUCAUCUGCAAUCCGAGAUGCAAAUGUGGUUUCUGCAGUUUGUUGAGAAGGCCCUUGAUGCCGGUUUUCGUGUGUUUGGAGAGUGCGCAGCUGAUGGUGGCAAACUGCCAAUCGACAGUGGCUCCAUUGCAGCUGUUCUUUCGCAGUUGAAGCGGGUGAAUGAGUGGCUGGAUCGAGUCGUCUCGAAAAGGAAUGAACUGAAUGCGAAGGUUGAUCGGCUGAAGAGGAAGAUCUACGGCUUUGUUAUUCAACAUGUUGGGACGACGGUCGACAGCUCCACCCCUCUUGCUUCCUCUUGAUUCCAUUUCAAUUUUAACUUAUUUUGGUCAAUAUGUUAUUAGUUUAUAUGAACUGUGAUGCCUUCAUAUCUUAUUUGUACUCCCAAUUUGUCACAAAUGCUUGAUGUGGUAAUCAUAUUUCUAUCUUUUAAUCGAACAAAUUAAGCUUGUAAGAUGAACGGGUGAGCUUUAUCAA